GGGCGCGGCGACAUGGAGCCGCCCGCUGCUUUCUCCGGCUUCCCGGCCCCGCCCUUGGUCGUGCCGUCGGGGCCGCCGCCGUCCCCGCUUGCCGGAGCUGAGCCAGGGCCGGAGCCCGAGGAGGCGGUCGCGGGCCGCGGGGAGCCGGAGCCCGCGCCCGCGCCCGGCCCCGGACGGCGGCGGCGGCGGCCCCUGCAGCGCGGGAAGCCGCCCUACUCGUACAUCGCGCUCAUCGCCAUGGCGCUGGCGCACGCCCCGGGCCGCCGCCUCACGCUGGCCGCCAUCUACCGCUUCAUCACCGAGCGCUUCGCCUUCUACCGCGACAGCCCGCGCAAGUGGCAGAACAGCAUCCGCCACAACCUCACGCUCAACGACUGCUUCGUCAAGGUGCCCCGCGAGCCGGGCAACCCGGGCAAGGGCAACUACUGGACGCUCGACCCGGCGGCCGCCGACAUGUUCGACAACGGCAGCUUCCUGCGGCGCCGCAAGCGCUUCAAGCGCGCCGAGCUGCCCGCGCUCCCGGCCGCGCCGCCCGGGCCCGCCGCCGGCCCGCCGUCCUUCCCCUACGCGCCCUACAGGCCCGGCCCCGGGCUGCUCGCGCCGCCGCCCCCCGCCGACCCGGGCCCCUCGCCGCCCGCGCGCCUCUUCAGCGUCGACAGCCUGGUGAGCCUGCAGCCCGAGCUGGCGGGGCUGAUGGCCCCCGAGCCGCCCUGCUGCGCCGCGCCCGACGCCAGCGCCGCCUUCCCGCGUUGCCCGGCCGCCGCACCCCCGCCGCUCUACUCGCAGGCCCCCGAGCGCCUGGGGCUGCCCCCGGCGCUGCCCGGGCCCGGCCCCGGCCCGCUUGCCGCUGAGCCUCUGCUGGCCUUGGCGGGGCCGGCAGCCGCGCUCGGCCCGCUCAGCCCCGGGGACGCCUACCUGCGGCAGCCGGCCUACGCGCCGGGCCUGGAGCGCUACCUGUGAGCCCCUUCGCCACCGGCCGGAGCAGCCUGAGGGCCCCUCUCCCGCAGGACUGGGGCACUGCCUGUGAACGCCCCCUCGCUCUGCCCUCUUGGCUCGGAGAACUGCUCUGAGCUCCCUAU